AAAGGACCGUUAGGUGUCGGUGAGCCCGCAGCUGGGAGCAGGCGGCCCCGGGGAAGCCCGGCCCCCUUCUCGGGCCCUUCUUCCCCCAUUCUCUCUGGCGGAGCGGGAUGGUCCGCCCCGGGCGGAGCGUUAGCGCGGUCCUCCCCUCUUCCUCUCGCGUUGGUUCCGCCCAGAGAGCUUUCGUUGCCACCGUUGCUCCUCGCCGCUGCUCGCGUUUGUCUCUGCUCCGGGCAGUUCGGGUGUUUUCUCUCUGCCUUAAAGUCGGGUGUCUUUUAUGAAUAAUCAAAAGCCGCAGAAGCCGACGCUAUCAGGCCAGCGUUUUAAAACUAGAAAAAGAGAUGAAAAAGAGAGGUUUGACCCUACUCAGUUCCAGGACUGCAUUAUUCAAGGUUUAACCGAAACUGGCACUGACUUGGAGGCAGUAGCAAAGUUUCUUGAUGCUUCUGGUGCAAAACUUGACUAUCGCCGCUAUGCAGAAACACUUUUUGACAUCCUGGUGGCUGGUGGAAUGCUGGCCCCAGGUGGUACCCUGGCAGAUGACAUGACACGCACAAAUGUCUGUGUAUUUGCAGCACAGGAAGACCUUGAAACCAUGCAAGCAUUUGCUCAGGUUUUUAACAAGCUAAUCAGGCGUUACAAGUACCUGGAGAAAGGCUUUGAAGAUGAAGUCAAAAAGUUGCUGCUGUUCCUGAAAGGGUUCUCAGAGUCUGAGCGGAACAAACUGGCCAUGUUGACGGGUAUUUUGCUAGCCAACGGAACACUUAAUGCAUCAAUUCUCAACAGUCUUUACAAUGAGAACUUGGUUAAAGAAGGUGUUUCUGCAGCUUUUGCAGUCAAGCUAUUCAAAUCAUGGAUAAAUGAGAAAGAUAUUAAUGCAGUGGCUGUCAGUCUUCGUAAAGUAAAUAUGGAUAACAGGCUGAUGGAACUCUUCCCAGCCAACAAACAAAGUGUUGAACACUUCUCCAAGUAUUUCACUGAAGCAGGACUAAAAGAACUUUCCGAGUAUGUUCGGAACCAGCAAACCAUAGGAGCUCGGAAGGAGCUGCAGAAAGAACUUCAGGAGCAGAUGUCACGGGGAGAUCCGUUCAAGGAUAUAAUCUUGUACGUGAAAGAGGAGAUGAAGAAAAACAACAUCUCGGAACAGACUGUGGUAGCCAUAAUCUGGUCAAGUGUCAUGAGCACAGUGGAAUGGAACAAGAAAGAGGAGCUGGUAGCAGAGCAAGCCAUUAAGCACUUGAAGCAAUACAGCCCUCUACUUGCUGCCUUUACUACUCAAGGUCAGUCAGAGUUGACUCUUCUGUUGAAGAUUCAGGAGUAUUGUUAUGACAACAUUCACUUCAUGAAGGCCUUCCAGAAAAUAGUGGUGCUCUUCUAUAAAGCUGAAGUUCUGAGUGAAGAACCCAUCCUCAAGUGGUAUAAAGAUGCACACCUUGCAAAGGGAAAGAGUGUCUUUCUGGAGCAAAUGAAAAAGUUUGUGGAAUGGCUCAAGAAUGCUGAAGAAGAGUCAGAGUCUGAAGCUGAAGAGGGUGACUGACCUGUGAAACUCUGUCCUCAGUAAAGCAAACAGGAGUUGUAGAUAAGUGUCAUGUCUCAUGUGUCCUGAUUCUUACAUCCUACCUCCCUGUAUCAAGCAUGAUAUAAGGGCUCUCAUGGCAAUUUAUUUUAACCGUUUUUCUAUAGUUAUUGAAAUACUGGAUUUAGUUUUUAAAAACCAUGUUUUAAGUAGCUUACAGGAGCUAUUCUAGAUUUAACUCUAACCUGCAUUUGUCCUUUCAGUUAUAUUCUACCUCCUGUAUUUUCUACUGUAAUAAUGUAAUUUAAGGCCUUCUGCAACGAAAUCCAUUUUACCCCUUGGGUUUUCUAUCUAUAUUGGAGUAGACAUGAUAUGGUGAAUGGGAUUUAUGGCAGUUCUGUUUGCAAAUUAAAUUGUAAAAAGCCUCCCAAGUUAGGAGGCCAUGGCUUGUGUGGUAACUUGGUGUGACACUUCCAUCCGCACCACUUGCUCCAAAUAACCCCAUCUCCCCAAGGCCUUUCUCAUCAUUGUACUUUCAGCAUAAAGCAAUCCUCUGUACUAACUGCCCCACUCCUGCGAGCUCUGGGUCCUGUCCAGGCAUCAAUUCUGGGGCAGCCUUGCUGCCACUUCUCUCAGGCAGAGAGAAGGUUCCAGGUACAGCUGCCCAACAGCAGGGCUGGGGGGGGGGGGGGGGGGGGGCGGGACAGCUGGCUUGCACUGCUCUGCAAAUGCAUGACUGCUGGAAGGUAAGAGACUAAACUCUACCCCCUCCCCCUGAAGUGCAGAGAUUAUUUUAUGCUGGCAGUUGAUGUGUUAAACCAAACAGCUUACCUGUUCCCCAGAACCUGGAUUCCUAGUGGAAAUUCUCAGGACGGCUCAUAAUUUAAGAAAGAUUUUUGCUAAGAGUGAUGUCUAUACUAUUGUAAGCUAAAUAAUGAGCAUUAACUGAAAUACUGGUACUGAGAGUACACCUGUUAAAAUUAACAAAAUAAUAAUAAUUAAAAUUGGUGAUCAUGGUGCAAUCUGUUCAAUACUACAGUCAUCUUCCUUUGUAAUUUUUUUUUUUAUGAAUAAAGGCCAUCCUUACACUUAA